CAUCAUCGUCACUGCCGGUCCAGUGAACACAAGGCUCGGUGCAUCAUCUCACCGAUAUGGCAAAUGAAUUAAGAGAAAACAGAGAGGGAAGCUCGCGCCAUGCAAACCUCACAUCAUCUCUAGACCUGAGCUCGUCCCUGGAUCACAGCGUCCAGACGCGAAUCUUUAAAAUCAUUGUCAUCGGCGACUCAAAUGUGGGCAAGACCUGUUUAACCUUCCGCUUCACCGGCGGAUCUUUCCCUUGUAAAACCGAAGCCACCAUCGGCGUGGACUUCAGAGAAAAAGCCGUGGAGAUCGAGGGAGAAAAAAUAAAGGUGCAAGUGUGGGACACAGCGGGACAGGAGCGAUUUCGAAAGAGCAUGGUUGAGCACUACUAUCGCAACGUGCAUGCAAUAGUCUUUGUGUACGAUGUCACAAAAAUAGCCUCUUUCCAGAACCUUAAGACCUGGAUCCAGGAGUGUAACGGGCAUGGGGUCUCAUCCGCUGUGCCUCGUGUACUGGUGGGCAAUAAAUGUGAUCUAAUUGACCAGAUCCAGGUGCCGUCCAACACUGCCCUUAAGUUUGCAGAUGCCCAUAACAUGCUGCUGUUCGAAACGUCAGCCAAAGAUCCAAAGGAGAGUCAGAACGUGGACUCAAUUUUCAUGUGCCUGGCAUGUCGUCUGAAAGCACAAAAGUCGUUGAUCUACAGAGAUGUAGAGAGAGAAGAUGGCAGAGUAAGGCUGAGCCAUCAACCUGACCCUAAGAGCAACUGCCUGUGCUGAGGACCGUAAACUGUGAGAUUAUUAACACUGAUGAAAGAAUGUGCCUGCAACUAAAGACAUUUUACUUUAUGACAGCUGCUCUGUGACCUUUCUCUGUAUGUGUCUAUAAUUUUACCUGUUUUUCUCUAUUACACCAUCACUAACAGAAACAGCGCCAUAAGGGUAAAUCUUAUGACACCUGUCAAGAACUUAAGUUCAGGUCAUAUUGCUCUUUAAACAUCCAAAUGAAGAAGUAAGACAUUAUAUUUUACUUAAAAAACGAAGACAUUUUUGACCAUCAAGGGUUUUAUUUGCAUAACAAUAUUAUUUUCAUGACAACUAAGCACUCAUUCGCAUUACUGUAGUGUAAAGAAAUGUGUUAUUUUAAUAAACUAUUCAUUAUUCUAUCUUUAUGCUGAUGAAAAAGAUAUUACCAAGAUGAGUUUUUACUAGGUUACAAUAUCAAGAGUUUAACGUGAAUCAUUGCAAAAAGCACAAAAGUAGGACAUCAGGAUAAAUUAUGAUAAAGAUAAUGGGGAGCAAUCUGCUUAUUUGUCAUGAAAAAAUGUCACAAUACAAAACAUCCUUUGCAAAAAAAAUUACCUGCCGGUUUAUAAUUUGCACUAUAUUUCUAUUUUGGAUUUGACUGGAAUGCUUUCAGGAAAUUCGCCCAUGUGUACACUGUAAAAAGUUAAAGUUGGAUCAACUUAAAAAAAAAAACUUAAAUUGGUAACACCUAAAAAAACUUUUAAGUGAACAAUGUAAGUUGAAAAAAAAAUUUUUUUAGGUGUUACCAAUUUUUAAAAAGUACUUUAAGUAUUUAUUUUUUAAGUUGAUCCAAUUUCAUAUUUUUUAUUCAGGGCACACUUUAACUAAUCUUUAAUAGGUUAAGAAAUGUGACAUUUGGUGGAUUUCCAUUCAUUUUGUUGUGUCACAUUUACUUGGAUUCACCCAUCAGCAUAUCAACUCAAGAUGUCAUUACGUGCAAUAAGACAUGACAUUCUGAAUCUUUUGAAGCAGUCUAUAUGCAGUGUGUUCAGUUUUACACAAUUGUUUUCAGUCUAUGCCUUAUAACAUAGGUAUUUAUUAAAUGUCCACUGUCGCUAGUGACUUCAAAUACUUAUACUUAAUUAACCCAUACUAACUGCUGAUUUAUUAGACAAUUGAAACUGAUUCACUUUAUAAAAGGAUACUGUAUGUUAUGAGUGGCAUAGUUAGGAAUCCAAUAAAAUGUGUAAUGUAAUCAGAUAUAGCUCCUGGACCUUGCAAGCAAGUAUAAACUUGUUUCCAUGCAAGUAUGUAGAAGGUUUUAUGUAGCAGCUAAAUACUUAACAUCACAUUAAUAUUUCACCAGCUUAAAGUUGUUCUUCCAAGUGCAAAACCAUUUAACAAUCUAUGAAAGCAAACUUGCAUUAUUUAUUCAGACAAACCAGUAUUUUUUAGAUGCAUUAAGUGUUUCUAGUUAAAAUAAUGUGUGAUUGUAAGUUUUUUUAUGUUGUUGUUGUUGUUGUAUUACCUCUAACCAGUGCUACAUUGUCUGUUCUGUUCGGUUUUGUUUUCUUAUUUUAACAGUGUUGGCCUUACAGUAUAUCUGCUGAAGAAAUUAAAGCCUUAUCCUUUUGAUUUGUGCCAUUAUGUGUGCAAUGUGUGUGUUUGAUUUUGAGUAACAAAUUAAAUUGCACAAAAGCAUUGAAACGUUUUAUUGGUUUGUUUUAAACGAAAUUUACAUAGUUUUAUUUUAAUAAUUUUUGUACAUAAAUUGAAGAGUAAAUUUAACAUGAUGACACUUGAUAUUGCCCAGUAAGCGACUGUUUAUUGUUUUCUCAAAAUCACAAAAUUAUUGAAGAUCAGUUUAUUAUUUUUGAAACAGUAUUUGAAUUACUUACAGAUGGCCGGGUCAAUGAGCCUGUGCAUACGGUAUGACAUUAACACUUAAUAUGAUAGAAAAGAAAUGACUGAGGUGAAUAUAUGGGGUUCACAGAUUGUGUAAUGUUUGAUUUAUAUCUUUACUGACUUCCUGGUUUGCACUGUAACUGGAAAUAAACUCUUUAGUGUCCAC